AUGGCUAGCCAAAUAUCUAGAAGGGGGAGUGAGGGUUCUAUUCCACAUGAUAAUUGCUUCAACUGUGGGAAGCCAGGUCAUAAGGCAUAUGAGUGUUGGGUACCAAGAGUGAUAACAUGUUACAACUGUCACGAUAAGGGACACAAAGCUUGGGAGUGCCCCAAGAAUAAGAAAAGAACAACAGAGGUUGGAGGGAACGCUAGCAAAUCUAGAGCCUCAGGAAGAGUAUUUGCCUUGAGUGGUGCUGAAGCUAAUCAAUUCGAAGGUUUAAUCCAGGGUAUGUGUUUCAUCAAUGGAACCCCUCUAAUCGUUUUAUAUGACUCUGGUGCGACUCACUCUUUUAUAUCACAUACGUGUGUGUCUAAAUUACCUGUUUCUCCCUUGUCUUUUGAACUAAUAGUAGAGACACCUACUAGUGGUUCAGUGAUCACUUCUGAUGUCUGUCCAAAGUGUCCUUUGACUAUUGAUGGUAGAGAAUUCAUGGUUGACUUAAUUUGUUUGCCUCUAAGUCAGCUAGUGAGAUUAGGAGCUUCCUUGGAUUGGCUGGAUACUAUAGAAAAUUCAUAG